AAGUUGAUUUCAAUAUUACAAUGUUUUGGCGUGGCGUUACGUUUGUCUGCGAGCGUGCAUUCUUGUUUUCUUCUCGAGUUCAGCCUAAGCCUACUCACCUACGACUUUUGUCUGAAGCCACGGCCAAGCAAUCGCAGUCGACGAGCAACUAUGAUCAACAUACAGAAAGCGUUACCGAUCCUUUCAAGGGUAUUGCAGCUGAACCAUUUUCUCGAGAAAUUAUACAAGUUCUUGAAUCAUCACUAAAGACUGAUGACAUUGAAAUAAAACCAGAUGGUUUGAUCUACCUACCUGAAAUCAAGUAUCGACGCGUCUUGAAUGCUGCCUUUGGUCCAGGUGGUUGGGCAUUGAUGCCUCGUGGAGAAUCACUCCAAUUUCAAGGUGAAGGAGAUGCAGGUCAUCUUGUUACUCGUGAGUACGCUCUCUUUUGUCAUGGUCGAUUUGUCUCCCAAGCAACUGGAGAACACAACUAUUACCCGACACGAGGCGGGAUGACAUUUGGGAAAGCAUGCGAAUCUGCCAAGUCUAAUGCAUUGAUGAGAUGCUGUAAGGACCUAGGAAUUGCUAGUGACUUGUGGGAUCCACAGUUUGUUGCAAAAUGGAAGGCUGCAAAUGCUGCAGAAGUGUGGUGUGAGAACGUUCGUACCAAAGAAAGGAGGAAGUUAUGGCGCCGCAAAGACUCAGAUGACGUCUUCCCUUACCCAUGGAAAUCUGUUUGACAUGCUACAAUUUAGAAAACUUUCAUGCUUGCCAACAUGGUAGGAUGUUGAGUUAUGGGGUUUUUUGGUUCAUAAUCUAUGUUAAUAAUAAUGCGUUAUAUGUUGUAGUUCAUAGUUGUGUUGUCACUUGGUCUUGUGCCAGUGCCCUGAUCGACUUCACAAAACAUGCUAUGAAAAAUCC